GCCGCGAGCUAUUUAUAGCUGAUCGAUCGCUUGAUUUCACCCGCGGCGCUCUCCACUGAUCACAACACUAACUGAGCUCACGCGCACCAAGCAGAAGGCCGCGCGCGCGCGCGCGUUUGGUCUCGUCCAUGGAGGCGAUGGAGUCGCGGGCGGAGGAUCAGGGCGUCAAGCGCAGGGAGCCGUGCAAGAAGAGGAUCGGGAGAACCGCGGGCGCCGGCUCGGAAGCCGGCAAUGGCAGCAGGCAUCAGGCAUCCUGCUCGCCGCCGCCGCCGCCGUCGUCGUCGUUCCCGCGACGGUGCGCGCGUCUCGUGAAGGAGCAGCGCGCGCGGCUCUACAUCGUGCGCCGAUGCAUCACCAUGCUCGCGUGCUGGCGCGACGUCGACUACCUCUGACCGUACAUUUUUUACAAGCUUAAGCCGGUCUCUCUUCUGCUUAAUUCUCUUCACGUUCCGAUCGAGAGAAAUGCAACCACGUCCGUAGCACAGGGGAGCUCUAUAUAUGUAUUGCUAAAUGGAGUUCGAAAAAAAAGUGUAUUGCAUUGCUAGAUGGAAAAUGUAAGGGACGAAAUAUGUGAAACUACGUACUCCUCAUAUACAUUCUCUGUAAUUAUAUAUAUGCCUCGUUCUCUCGGUUCGU